AGUUACGUUACCGAGGACGAUUCUCCCGCUGAAAAAGAAUAAGGAUACCAAGAAUACCGCCGUGAAGGUCAACAAUAAGCGCAAAGAUUCGGACGAAGAGCGGCGCCGUACGACCGCCGAUUCUCCCCAACAGAAGAAACCAAAAACACUCAGCAAGAACCUUCCGUAAAACCAAUGGUCGAAGAGCAGCGCCCUACGUCAUCACAACCGCAAGCCGUGCCUAGUACCGGCGGCGGCGCUCGCCCGGUGUUCCACAUUGCUGCAUUCAGGGACCUCGCGGCGGCGUCAAGGGCGGCGAGGAAAGCCGCCGCAAAGCAAACGGUGUUAGAGUUAAAGGCAGUCCAAAGCGCUUAUAAUGCGCGUGAGGAGAAUGACGACGAAUCGGAUAAUUGUGCGCCGGCUGUGAAAUACGCCGUUCAAAGGCUCGUCAGCGGUCUUUCUAAGUCCACAGAGUGUGUAGAAGUAGGCUUUGCAACAAGUGAGUUUGCAGGAUGUGACUUCAACGAAUGAUAAGGAAGUAAACUUUCGUCUAUUGGGCCGUUUGCUGGCUUACAAAUCUUUAGCAUUCUCAGGAAGACUUACAAUGGAGUAUGAUAAAGAUAAAAAUACUCCUUACCUAAAAGAAUUGAUAUAGACAGUAAUAUAUCCAUUGCAUAUAGACACAUGCAGCUUAUAUAAUAUUGACUUUAGUAGAAAAGGUUUGCAUAUAAUCUUGAGUUUUCUUUAUAAAAUGAAUG